AUAACAUUACUCUAUUGAAUUUAUAGUGUACGAGAAUUGAGUGUAGUAGUUGAAUAGCAUCGUAUAAAAAUAUAUAAGAAGCAUCAUCAUCACCAUCUUAAUCAAUUUCAUAUUAACAAUAGUGGUUUAGUCUCGUAUUCGAUUAACGCGAUUCACACACAAUUUGGGGAUUUUUCGGAAAUCCAAUUAGGGUUUUCAAUUUCUCGCUAAAUUCUUCUUCACUUCACGGAAUUGAAGCGAAGAAUUCCAUUCCUCAGAAUCAAACCUGGGGAGUGAAGGUUCUGGUUUUCAUCCUCGCUCCUUGUUUCGCUUUUUACGUUCUUUCAUGGCUGAGAAUAUGGAAAUCGAUUCUCCCUCUGAAUCUCAACCUCUCAGACCCCGAGAUCGAAUCAUUCGGAGGCUUGUACAGUAUGGGGUUCCUGAAGAGCAGCUUACCCCAUCUGGUUUGGUUGCUUUUGUGAAAGAGAAGAAGGAGGUGAUUGAUUAUAUAGUGUCUGUUGUAUUGCCUGCUGAUGCGGAACUGGCAGUAUCUCAAGAUUCGAAGAUGGGUUUGAAGAAGAGGUUUCAAGAGAGUUUGGUGUGGUUGCAAUGGUUGAUGUUUGAGGAUGACCCGGGAAAUGCUUUGAGACGCCUUUCUAGUAUGGUUGGUCAGGGAGGUGUUUGCGGGGCGGUUUGGGGACGUACUGAUAUUGCUUAUAGGUGUAGGACUUGUGAACAUGACCCGACUUGCGCUAUCUGUGUUCCUUGUUUUCAGAAUGGGGAUCACACUGGGCAUGAUUACUCUGUCAUUUACACGGGUGGUGGUUGUUGUGAUUGUGGGGAUGUGACUGCGUGGAAGCGAGAGGGGUUUUGUUCAAUGCAUAAGGGUGUGGAGCAUGUGCAACCGCUUCCGGACGAAGUUGAAAACACUGUUUCUCCUGUGCUUCGUUCUCUUUUCAAAUGUUGGGAAGUUAGACUAACGACUGCGAGUGAUUCUGUUCCGAAAAGAAAGAAGGCUGCAAAUGACCUAACUUUUGCUAUGGCUGACAUGCUUUUGGAAUUUUGCAAGCAUAGUGAGAGUUUGCUCAGUUUUAUUGCUAGGUUGAUGUUUUCCUCUACUGAUUUAUUGAGCGUCCUGGUGAGAGCUGAGAGGUUUUCAACUAAUGAUGUUGUAAAGAAACUCCAUGAGCUGUUCCUGAAAUUGUUGGGAGAACCUACUUUUAAGUAUGAGUUUGCUAAAGUUUUUCUCACUUACUAUCCGAGUGUUAUAAAGGAGGCCAUUAAAGAGGGCAGCGACCUUCCACUAAAGAGAUAUCCACUGGUGUCCAUGUUCUCUGUGCAGAUACUUACAGUGCCCACUCUUACCCCUCGUCUUGUGAAGGAAGUCAACCUACUGACCAUGCUGUUUGGAUGUUUGGAAGAUAUUUUCAUUUCUUGUGCUGAAAAUGGAUGUUUACAGGUUUCCAGGUGGGUACAUUUGUAUGAGAUGACAAUACGUGUUGUUGAAGAUAUUCGGUUUGUUAUGAGUCAUGCAGAGGUGUCCAAAUAUGUAACCAAUAACCAUCAAGAUUUCUCAAGAACUUGGUUGAAACUUCUGUCCUAUGUGCAAGGAAUGAACCCUCAAAAGAGAGAAACAGGUCAACACAUAGAAGAAGAAAAUGAGAAUGUCCAUUUGCCUUUUGCUUUAGGACACUUUAUAGCCAAUAUUCACUCUCUAUUUGUGGAUGGGGCAUUUUCUGAUGCUAGCAAGGGAGAGGUGGAUGAUGAAAUUGUUUGGAGCUCGAAUACAAAUGAAUCGGAUGAUGGGGAGGAUCAAAGACAUGCUAAGGUAGGGCGACUAUCCCAGGAAAGUUCUGCCUGUAGCGUGACUAGUAGAAGUAGUGUCUUUGCUUCACCAAGUGUUCUUGAGAUAAAAUCUGAUGGCUCUUCUCAUCUGCUUCCAUUUUCUGUCACUUGGUUGAUAUAUGAGUGUUUAAGGGCUGUUGAAAAUUGGUUAGGAGUUGAGAGUGCACGUGAGGUACCUCCUAGUAGUACUGAUAAUUUUUCAGCAUUUAAAAGAACAAUAUCUAAUUUUAGAAGGGGUAAAUUGAAAACAAAUGAUGAAGGUUCAGAAAACACCUCCUUUCAUUCCAAUUCUGAUAAUGUUAGAAUAUCUGAAAAAUAUCUGCUCACAUCAUCAGAUGAUUGUGCCAUGGAAGAAGAUUUUCCUGUGGAAUCAGAUGGGCUACGUUUUCUAUCAUCACCUGAUUGGCCACAAAUAGCCUAUGAUGUUAGUUCACAAAAUAUAUCUGUUCACAUUCCGUUUCACAGAUUCCUUUCAAUGCUUUUACAAAAGGCACUAAGAAGAUAUUUUUGUGAAUCUGAAGUGCUGGAUAAGACUGACAUUUGUGCUGCAAAUUCAUCAUCAACAAUCUAUAGCGACUUCUUUGGACAUGCUUUACGAGGAAGUCAUCCAUAUGGUUUCUCUGCCUUUAUAAUGGAGAAUCCGUUGCGAAUUAGGGUCUUUUGUGCUGAAGUCCAUGCUGGAAUGUGGCGUAAAAAUGGAGAUGCUGCUUUACUAUCAUGUGAAUGGUAUAGAUCAGUGCGCUGGUCUGAACAAGGUCUGGAGCUUGAUCUAUUUCUUCUUCAAUGUUGUGCUGCACUUGCUCCAGAAGAUCUUUUUGUCAGGAGAGUUUUAGAACGCUUUGGACUGGCAAACUACUUAUCCCUGAAUCUUGAACAGUCUAGCGAAUAUGAACCUGUUUUAGUCCAAGAAAUGCUUACUCUUAUUAUUCAAAUAGUAAAAGAGAGGCGCUUUUGUGGGCUAAAUACUGCUGAAAGUUUGAAAAGAGAACUAAUUUAUAAGCUAUCUAUUGGAGAUGCUACUCAUAGUCAAUUGGUGAAGUCUCUUCCUCGUGAUCUCUCCAAGUUUGACAAGCUUCAAGAUGUUUUGGAUACUGUUGCUGAAUAUUCCAAUCCAUCUGGCUUUAAUCAGGGUAUGUAUUCUCUACGAUGGCUACUUUGGAAAGAACUGGAUUUGUAUCAUCCGCGUUGGAAUUCGAAAGAUUUACAAGUUGCUGAAGAAAGAUACCUGCGCUUCUGCAGCGUCUCUGCACUGACUACUCAGCUGCCCAAAUGGACCCCCAUAUAUCCUCCCUUGAAGGGGAUAUCCAGAAUAGCCACUUGUAAAGUUGUCCUUGAGAUUAUCCGCGCCGUGCUAUUUUACGCUGUUGUUACUUUUAAAUCUGCUGAAUCUCGUGCUCCUGAUAAUGUUCUUCUACCGGCGCUACAUUUGUUAUCAUUAUCCUUAGAUAUCUGCUUUCAGCAGAAAGAAAAUAGUGAUAAUGCAUUUAAUAAUAUUGCACAAAUUCCCAUUAUAGCAUUAUCUGGAGAAAUAAUUGAUGAGAGUUCAUUUUAUGGUGUCGGGGAACAAAGCUUGUUGUCUCUUCUUGUUUUAUUGAUGGAAAUGAACAGAAAGGAAAAUGAUGACAGCAAUGUAGAAGCUGGUGGUUUAUCUGCUCUAGUUGAAAGUUUACUGAAAAAAUUUGCUGAGCUUGAUGAAAGUUGCAUGAUUAAGUUACAAAAACUUGCCCCUAAAGUGGUGAAUCAUAUUCCGGAAUGUGUUCCAGCUGGAGACUCCAGUGUCUCUCUGUCAGCUUCUGACACCGAGAAACGCAAGGCAAAAGCUCGAGAGAGGCAGGCUGCAAUAAUGGAGAAGAUGAGAGCCCAACAGACAAAAUUUAUGGCUAGCGUUGAAUCAAAUGUUGAUGAUGGUUCUCAACUUGGUCAUGAAGGUGACUUGGACACUGAACAAGACUUAAACACUGAACAUGAUUCUGAAGAUUCCAAACAAGUUGUUUGCUGUCUCUGCCACGACCAUAGUUCAAGGCAUCCAAUUUCAUUUUUGAUUCUUCUUCAGAAAUCUAGGCUUGUUAGUUCUGUUGACAGAGGUCCUCCAUCAUGGACCCAACUUCGCCGAUCAGAUAAAGAACAUAUGCCUGUUGCUAACACCAAGGAGAUAGACACACGUGAGAAUUCAGGUAGUUCGGAAUCAACUUCGUCUUCUGACUCAACUCAGUUAGUUCAGAAUGCGGCCAGUGAAUUAGGAUCUAGUGCGCAACCUGGGGAAGUUAAUACUUUUCUACAAUAUAUCAAGAAUCAUUUCCCAGCAUUGGAAAAUUUUCAACUCCCAGACAUGUCUUGUGAUGAAAAAGAAAAAUCACCAUAUACUUUCGAUACAUUAGAGCAGGUUAUGCACGUUUCCAUUCGUGACGAAAUGCAUGAUCUGUCAUCUUCAAAUACGAUGAAUGAGGAUGAGAAAGUUUCAACUGCCGAAGGGAACUCAAAUGUUAGAAUUACUGAAUGUGCGUUGCUUGGGAAAUAUGCAGCUGAUGUUGUGAAAGAGAUGUCGGAGAUUUCUUCUGCAUCUGGAAAUGCUAGUAAUGAGAAUGCUUCUGUAGAAUCAACAUCACCGCAUCUAUCAAAUGAUGGAUUUGGCCCAACAGAUUGUGAUGGAGUUCAUCUUUCUUCUUGUGGGCAUGCUGUACAUCAAGGGUGUCUUAACCGAUAUUUGAGUUCAUUAAAAGAAAGGUCUGUCAGAAGAAUUGUUUUUGAAGGAGGACACAUUGUUGACCCAGAUCAGGGAGAGAUUCUCUGCCCAGUGUGCCGCCGACUUGUUAAUGGUGUCUUGCCGACUUUACCUGGAGAAUUACACACUCCUCUUGUCUUGAGUGCGAGUUCAAUACAUAGUACAUCCCCCUUUGCUGAUUCGAACGGCGCGACUUAUUCACUUCGCAUUCAAGAAGCCCUUAACCUCUUAAAGUCUGCUGCCAAUGCCGUUGGGAAAGAUCAAUUCCUAAAAGCUAUUCCUUUACAUCAUAUUGAUGAAACUAGACCAAAUGUUGAAAAAUUUUCACUGGGGCUUUCUAAAAUGUAUUUCCCUGGAAAACAAGAUAAGUUAUCGAGGUUUUCAAAAGUUAAUCACUCACUGCUGAUGUGGGACACUCUCAAGUACUCAUUGACCUCAAUGGAGAUUGUUGCACGUUGUGGAAAGACUUCUCUGACUCCAAACUUUGCUCUCAGUGCCAUGUAUAAAGAACUUGAAUCUUCAAGUGGCUUUAUAUUAUACAUGUUGCUGAAACUUGUUCAAAAGACACGAAGUAAGAAUUCAAUUCACGUACUUCAAAGAUUUAGAGGUGUUCAGCUCUUUGCAGAAUCAAUUUGCUCUGGGGUUUCCCUUAGUCAUGCAGAUAAUGUUAUUUCUGGGAGAGGUGAUAUGUUAUCUGUCUUAAAGCAUAUUGAAAUGGACCAGUCAAACACUGAUAUAUGCUUUUGGAAUGAGGCUUCAGAUCCUGUACUUGCUCACGACCCUUUCUCAACGUUGAUGUGGGUUCUCUUUUGCCUGCCACACCCAUUUUUAUCAUGUGAAGAAUCAUUGUUGUCGCUAGUGCAUGCUUUCUAUAUGGUAGCUGUAACCCAGGCUAUAAUUUUGUAUCAUGAGAAAUCCCUGGAUAAAUCAUCAAGUGAAUCAACUCUUUCAGAUUGCAUGAUCACUGACAUAAAUAAAAUUAUGGGAGAGUCUGGAUGCGCUUCACAGUAUUUUGUGUCAAACUAUUUCGAUGCUAAUGUUGAUAUUAAAGAUGCAAUUAGGAGGUUUAGUUUACCCUAUUUGCGAAGAUGUGCUUUGUUGUGGAAGAUACUCUAUUCUUCUAUCCCAGCACCAUUCUGUGAUGGGGAAAAUACGUCAAAUAGAUCAUGGCAUCUCCCAAGGGACACAAUGUGCAGCAGUGUUGAUAUUAACAAGUUUGAGGUUACUAAAAUUCAAGAGCUUGAGAAUAUGUUUAAAAUUCCCCCUCUGGACGUGGUUCUCAAGGAUGAACUUUCAAGAUCUUCAGUCUCUAUUUGGUGUCGUCAUUUUUGCAAGGAAUUUGAAUCAAAAAGAAUUCAACGUAAUAUUCAUGUAACUCCUGCAGUUCCGUUUGAGUUAAUGAGAUUACCAAAUGUUUAUCAGGAUCUCUUGCAGAGGUGUGUCAAACAGCGCUGCCCUGAGUGCAAAGGACGUCUUGAUGAUCCUGCAUUGUGCCUGUUGUGUGGUAGAUUGUGCUCCCCAAGUUGGAAAUCAUGCUGCAGGGAAAGUGGAUGUCAAACUCAUUCCGUAACUUGUGGAGCUGGUACUGGAGUGUUUCUGUUGACCAGGAGAACUACCAUCCUACUACAGAGAUCUGCACGCCAGGCCCCUUGGCCUUCUCCUUACUUGGAUGCUUUUGGUGAGGAGGAUUUUGAAAUGAAUAGAGGCAAGCCACUCUUCUUGAACAUGGAGCGUUAUGCUGCUUUGACAUAUAUGGUUGCUUCUCAUGGUCUCGACCGGAGUUCCAAGGUUCUUGGCCAGACAACUAUUGGUUCCUUCUUCCUGGUUUAGUGGAAAUUAUACCUGUUUAGUCGCAAUAAAUAUUUGGCUGGACAAAUCUCUGUGGGUGGGAAUCGGUUCUCGAUGUGCUAAUAUAUCUUGUUAUACACUUCUCCUGGUUAAUCAAAAGAGCUUUAGUCCAUGCUAUGUCUUAUGUGGAAAUUGUACAGUUUCAGAAUGAUAUAUACUUGGUGCGGAAAACUUUGGACCUUGGCUCCUGUGGGGAGAAUCUACCUGCUGGUUGUUGGAAUUUCCAUGCUAACAAAAUUGCAAGCUUAAUUCUGCUUAGCAUAAAGUAGAUCUUUAUUAGAUAGGUGUACAUACAUGUGUACAUAUAUCAUCAAUAGUUUAGUAAGUAUAGGAAGACUAUGUUGACUCCCCCCUCUUCUCUCUAACUCGGUUUUUUGGUUGGAUCAUCCCGUCUUUCCUUGGUUGCAGAUAUUUGAGAAAUGAUGCUUUUAUACUAACAGCAAAUUUUGGGCUGUUUUCAGUCUCUAAAGUGAUGAAAUGUGAAAUGAUUUUUCUUCAUAUUUUAGAAAAUUAAAAGGAAAAUGAUUUUAUUGGAA